ACCUUCCAUUUUCUACCUUCACGACCAACCUUGGCGGGGUCAAACGAACCCCACCUCGAAUCUCAGUCCUUCCGCCCCUCAUCAUGGCACAGAACAGUACCAUCUACGAGGAUGAGGUUGAUUUUGCGACGUUGGCUCUACAGGAUUCAGAGUUCGCCAAAAUAUUGAAAUCAAAUGGACAACUAGACUUCAGUAAUCCAGAGUCUGUUCAGCAGCUCACGAAGUCUCUCCUGAAGAGAGAUUUCAAGUUGAAGCUAAGCCUGCCACCAGACAGGCUCUGCCCUCCAGUUCCAAAUCGUUUGAACUAUAUCAUAUGGAUCCAGAAUCUCCUUGAUACCACUAGCGAUUCUUACAAUGACAAGUACGAUCCUGAAAGAGAGGUCCUGGGCCUAGAUAUUGGGACUGGAGCAAGCGCCAUUUAUCCUCUACUAGGAUGUUCACAACGUCCACAAUGGAGGUUUGCUGGCACAGACAUCGAUGACAAGAGCCUGCAAUUUGCCAGGCAGAAUGUGCUAGAGAACGAACUUCAGAGCAGGAUUAAGCUACUCAAGACUCAACCGAGCGACCCGUUACUUCCUCUUGACAAAAUGGGCUUUGAAAACAUCGAUUUCAGCAUGUGCAAUCCACCGUUCUACGAGUCCAAAGCAGAUAUGUUGACUUCUGCUGCUGCAAAGCAACGACCACCAUUCACGGCAAGUACUGGUUCCGAGAAUGAGAUGGUCACCACCGGUGGAGAAGUAGCGUUUGUCUCACGCAUGAUCGAUGAAAGUCUCAUCCUCAAAGACCGUGUUCAGUGGUAUACUUCUAUGCUAGGAAAGUUUUCAAGCGUGGGAGUCAUUGUGCAAAAGCUUAAAGAGAACAGCAUCGACAAUUAUGCUGUGACUGAAUUUGUCCAGGGGACUAAGACGCGGAGAUGGGCUGUUGGAUGGAGUUUCGAUGAUUUGAGGCCUUUGAUGAGUGUGGCAAGGGGAGUGAGUAGUCUUCAGAAGUCUCUGCUACCCUUUCCAUCAGAAUAUUAUAUUCCUUCAAAAGACGAUCACGUCAAUGUAGGUCUACGCGUCAACGAGACAAUGUCUCAAUUGCCUCUGAAGUGGCAGUGGCGAGGAACCAUAACUACGGGUAUAGGUUUCAGCUCGAAGGCGGUAUGGUCCCGCGCUGCCAGACGCCAUGUGACGAAAGUCGAGAGUGAGAGUAUGGAAGAGGAUGAAAUGGCUCUGGGAUUCAAGAUCCGUGUAGAGCAGCUUCCAGGAGGGCAGCCUGGAUCGAGGACCAUGAUACGCUGGCUCAAAGGGCAUGACAGUGUGCUUUUCGAGAGUUUCUGUGGAAUGAUCAAGAGAAAAAUUGAGGAAGCAAAGAAUUAGUGGAAUAACCAGGAUUGACAUGUCGUUUCACGACAUUUUCAAUUAAGGGAUCCUCUGGUACCGUGUUCCGGCGUGGUAGGAAUCAAAGAAGUAAUCUUAGAUUAGCGACUUCUUAUGAACUUGAAGCGGUUGAUGUGAAGUAUAUGAUUCCGGCUCUCUAAAUGCGGGAAUUACAUGUUCGAAAG